UUUCGCUUGUAAUUGAAUAUCAACUCUGUGCCGUUAAUCAAAAAAGAAGUUUCGCGAUAAUAUUUUACCGACUAAUUAAAGUAAAGAAAUUUUCCAAUUAUAAAAAAUACAGAAAAUAAACGCGGUAUUAUUGUUCUUAACACAAAACGAAAUAAUCAUAAUUGUUUAGAAACACUUUGGCAAUCUUAUUAGACAAAAAUACGCAGAAAUGGCUAUGCCCAAUUUUUCCCAUGCCGACUUGGAAAAGUUGAAGUUUUUCAUAAAUUUCGUGUCUGAAUAUCCAACUGCUCUUAAUUUGCCGCAACUAGAGUUUGUAAAAGAAUUUUUGGAAAAAUUUGGUGGUAAAGUACCGACUGGAGAAUUUAAGAUGCCCACUUCUGCUAGAGGAAAAUGCCCAUUUGGUGCGGACGCAGCCAGUUGUAGUGGCAUGAAUGUUGAUGAAUCAGAGGAAUCCGAACUGGAAGAAUCGGAACCUGAGUCAGAGGUGGAAUUGGACAUGGAAGGUGUUAUUGAAGCCGACACCGAAGCCGAUCAGCCGAUGGGUGACACGAAUAAGACACCGACAGAGGAGGAAAUCGAUCAGGCAAGCGCUUUGCGCUCACAAGCCGCCGCUGCUUAUUCCGAACAGAAAUUUGAUGAAGCCAUAGAUCUAUACACCAAAGCUAUCGAGCUAAAUCCCGGCAAUGCUUUGUUCCAUGCCAAACGCGGUCAGGCAUUCCUCAAACUAAAGAAGCCCAAUGCUUGUAUUCGUGACUGUGACAAAGCGUUGGAGUUGAAUUGUGAUUCAGCGGCGGCCUACAAGUUCCGCGGUCGUGCUCACCGUUUGUUGGGUAAUUGGGAGAAAUCUGCUAACGAUUUACGGCAAGCUUGCAAGUUAGAUUUCGAUGAGGAGGCAGACGAAUGGUUGCGUGAAGUCACACCCAACGCCAAGAAACUCGAACAACACCGUAUUAAGCAGGAACGAAAGCGUGCCGAGCGCGAAAGCAAGAAGGCACAGCACAAGACACGAGCACACGCUAAAGAACGUAAGCAACAGCAACAACAGCAGCCACAAGAGCAAAAGCCAGAAAAUGAUAUACGCUUCGAUCCAGAAUUUUUGACUGCCAUUCAGGAUAAGGAGUUUCAGCAGAUGUUGAUAGACAUUGCAAAGAGUCCAGAAAAUAUUGAGAAGUACAAGAGCAAUCCGAAAUUCGCUAAAAUCGCCGAGUUCGGCAACAAAAUUGGUUUAGAAAAUGUUGCCAAAAUGUUCGAGGGCUUGAACAAAACACGAGCGCCACCCUCUCAACCCGAACCUAAAGCCGAGCCUAAACCACACGAUUUCGAUGAUAAUUUAGAUUAGAAACAACAAUGUCUUUCGACUGUUUAAUUGCUUAGCGCUGUGUCGCGCACUCUUCUAGAUUAUUAAUCAAUCAAUAUGUUAUAAUAUUAACUAAAAGUUUUUUCAAUGGCGAAAGGUGUGCGGUUCAAUGAAAUCGGUGAAAGCAAAAAUGUCUGGUUUUGCGGUUAUCCUCUGAGAAUCACUUUGUAACAUUAAGAAUUCAAAUAAUAAAAUAUUCCUUAAGUCGCUUUAAUUAUAUGUUGAACUACGAAAUUGUUAAAAAAAAAAAAAAAAAAAAUUGAAAUUUCUUUUAGUUUGUAAUUUUGUAGUCUCUGCGACUCAAAGCAUUUCAAAAGUUAUUUAUAUAUUUCAAUUGUUCUAAAUUAUWAACUUGCACUAAUUUGCCGUGAAUUGCUAUGUAUAAGCAGCCUGGUUUAUUAAAUGACUGUAAUUUAUGUCACGUAUUGCGAAAUAUGAAUUCAUAAUUUUAAACAAUAAAAUCAACGAAAAAGUUAACCACUAGUGGCCAUGUUUAUAUACAUACAUACGUACACUCAUACAUAUUUAUUGUUUAUGUGCAGCUAACGAAAGCUACAGAUUUUUCAUUUUGUAGGCAAACCAAAAACAAAAAACUAAUAAGCACUGCAAGCAAUAAAGUCAUACUGAAUUGUAUUGCAAAUAUUAAUAACAAUAUGUAAUAAAGAAAUAAAAAUAAAGGAAAGCAUGCAUUCAAA